AUGACAACCCUUUACUGGAUACUGGAUAAAGCUAAAGGGCCUACUCGAUUGCUAGCUCCAGCUUUGGCGGCAGCAGCGUCUGCGACAGCUUCAUCGAAGACGAGGAGGUCGAGUUCCCCACCGUCCUCGGCCGCUCCGCCGCCACCCUCGCCCAACGCAUCCUCCACAACAGCACGGCCAGAUGCAGGGCGCGGCCAGCGAGACUGCGCAUCACCAUGCGGGAGUCCCUCGGGCAGUCUGCCGGAGCCGUUCAAGCCGUUUGCGGGCCAAAAGCCGCAGCGGCCGAGUGGGCAAUCGGGGGCGACAGCGCGAGGCUCGGAGGGCUCGCCGGCGGCCAGUCUGGUCCGUCUCUCGUCCACCUCCUCGGUCCGCUCCGGCUACGGCUCCGUGCUCGAGGGCAUCCCCUUCAACAUCGGCUUCUGCUCCGACGCCGACGACCAUCCCUCCUCCUCCUCCGAUAUCAGCGCCUCCAUCCCCCUCAACCACGAGGACGACGACGAGGACUCCGAGGAUCACCAUGACCAGCUCGCGCGCAGGCCCGCCGCUCCACGCUUCCUCGCGCCCGUCACGCCGACCUCUUACAGGCCCGUCCACGCCUCUCCCCGUCCCCUCUCCUUCCUCUUCUCUCCGAGCAUCUCCCGCCCCUGUCCCCACGACCCCCACAACAUCGAUCCCACCCACAACAUCGACCCCACCCACAACAACGACCCCACCCACAACGACAACAACGACGUCAAGGACAGCGCCGUCGGCGCCGACGAGCGCCAUUUUUCUUGA